CAGUGUACCCCCUGCGUCUGUCGGACAGCUCUGUUGUAGUUUAAAGUUAACUCCUGUUGUUGCUAUUUAGUUUGUUCUCCGUUAAACCGGCUCCUACCGACACCGGGAUGGCGGGCACCGCUCUGAAGAGACUCAUGGCGGAAUAUAAACAGCUGACCCUGAACCCACCUGAGGGGAUCGUAGCAGGUCCUGUCAAUGAGGAGAACUUCUUUGAGUGGGAGGCUCUCAUCAUGGGUCCUCAGGACACGUGUUUUGAAGGAGGCGUGUUCCCGGCCGUCCUCAGCUUCCCCUCUGAUUAUCCUCUCAGCCCUCCAAAGAUGAGGUUUACCUGCGACAUGUUCCACCCCAACAUCUAUCCCGAUGGUCGGGUCUGUAUCUCCAUCCUCCACGCUCCUGGAGACGAUCCCAUGGGUUAUGAGAGCAGCGCUGAGAGGUGGAGUCCAGUUCAGAGUGUGGAGAAGAUCCUGCUGUCUGUGGUCAGCAUGCUGGCAGAGCCUAAUGAUGAGAGCGGCGCUAACGUGGACGCGUCUAAAAUGUGGCGUGAGGACAGAGAGCAGUUCUACAAACUGGCCCAGAAGAUCGUCAGAAAGUCUCUGGGCCUCUAGAGAUGAUGUCAUCAGGCUGCGACGAGCCCAGCACUCUGCAUGUGUGUGUGUUAGAGAAACGCUCCAUCCUCCUCCACCAUCUUUACCCUCUGAUAGCAGACAUGAUCGAACGAUUGAUGAAUGAUGGACACCAGCCAGGCACACAUACAGGCACAGCGCUGAGAGACAGACUGACCAAUGAGCUGAUGGACAGACGGCAGGAGCCAAUCAGAAGUCUGGAUCAAAACAGCCUUUUACAAACCUUUGAAUUUUAAGAAAAUGCCAGCAGAAGGAGAAAUCAGCUCUGAGAUGGUGUGAUCAUCCUGAGUCCCAUUAGCAGAUGCAGUGUGGAGAGCUGCUCCUAAAUCAGAGAGGUGAAUAGAAAACGUUUUCCUCUCAGUCCAAAGUCGUGAAUCUGGACAAUCCAUCAACUAUAUGGUGUUACAUUUCUGCUGAGAAAGGAAAGACGUUUACUAUUUAAAAAUCUAAACAUUUCUCUGCAAUGAUUUCAUCAAGAAAAAACCCUGAAGUUCAUAAAAAUCCUAAUGUUUAAACCCAGACAGAACAAAGUUAGUUCUUAACAGUAGUCAUGAGUUUUUUACUAAAUUAAACCUGAAUUUCUAAACCUCUGUUUAAUUCUAGUUAACAGCAAAUGAUCCUGAUACGUGCUUCACUUCAAAGGCAACAAGAACAGAAGUCUUUGACCCGCAGUAAUUGGACAAUUCCUCGCUUUUUAUCAGAGGAAAUCUCAGACAAAUAUCUGAGCAUUCUUGAAGGAGGUGGGAGUUCCUCUGCAGCUCCACCGUUUCUCUGAAUGUUUCCAGCGUAUUCAUUGACAGGUACUGACCAACAGUCCGUCUCCAGGCUGAUCUUCUUCUUCUGUGACGUUUUCGUGGAAAAUAUUUGUUCAGAUUCUCCGUCAGCUGAAGCAGAAGCUGCCCGGCUUCUCUUGCUUGGACUUUAUGCACUUUAUCUCUUCUCAAUGGACGACGGCGAGGGCGGCGAUCAUCUUCAUCAGGAUCGGAGCGUGCUCAGACAGGCUCCGGCUGCUUUUAGGUUUUUAAGAAGAAGAAGAAGCUGGGGGUUUGAUGAUGGAGAUGAGUUUGAUUACAGUCUGUAGUUUGAAAAUACUUUGUUAAAUAAACCGAGGGAA